GCACAGGUUGCUAAGCUUUCAUAGCAUCAGCAGCCGAACUUAAUCUAUUUCGGUUUUCUACACGAAGCACCCAAAAGGCAUCCUCACUCCCAGAACGGCCCACUCUUCUGAUAUUUCUGGCUAGCCUCACCGGCAAAUUUACUGGUCAAGUUCAAGGUCGUCGUCAGCAGCCCCUAGACAAUGUCCACGCAAGAGGACGAGGAUGGAUUUGGCCGCCUCAUUGGGGGUAACGGCGCUGACCACCGACGCCGACUAAAUGAGUCUACAGACCAUACCUUUGGUGCGAAUAAGCCUUCUGAGGCGGCCAAAAGGCAAGCAGCUGGGCUUUUGCCUGACCGAGGCCCAGUCACACCAUCUCAAAUGUGCAAGAAAGGCCGUAGCUGCGACGAUGUCUCGAAAGGAUCCUUGGAGUUCCCGGCUCAUGGGAACAGGUGCCCAUCUCCCCACAGAACAGACUCGAUAAGAUCACAGGACAGCUCCACCGGCUCUACUACCACUCGGUCAUCCACAUUUCCGAAUGCCAUGUCCGAUAGUAUUGGAUCUCUAUAUAUGGACACGGCUCCGGCAAGUCCUACCUUUGAUGAAGUAUCGCAGUGCUCCUACAACAUCCACAGCAACAUGACAUCCAUGAACACGAGCCCCAAUCCAAGCCGUAAAAACACCAUCGAUGAGCGGCUAGAUGACUUCGUGCUCGAGGAAAACGAAGUAAAAAGAGCAAAAACAGAACAUUAUGUCACAUCCGCGGCCUCAACGCAGAUGGCGACAGAUGUUUUGGCACAUUUUCCAACACACACAAAGACUUUCCCCCUAUCAAACACCUACUUGGUCGAUAGGGCCUGGCCUGAGCUGAUGCAUAUGCAAGCUGGCAUGGAUGUUCAGUGGAAGAACGGUGCGCCUCGAAGACCAAUGCCCGGCUUCCUUGCGCUCACGCCUGACGAACGACCUAUAGAUAGCGGGGGUGACCUCUUGCCCAGAGUGGGCUCUACUGACCUACCGUUUCGGUCCAUAAAGAUCUCGGAUCCCGUUUCUGGUCCUGCCGCAGACAAAGAAUGUUCCCAAGGAAAACAUCCAAGUGCAGAUUCAAGCCCUACAAGUCCUUGCUCUUCGAACAAUACACCGGCCACACCCACACCCGCAACCUCCAGCCUGCACAAUACACCAAGCCCUCCACCCAAUACCAAAGGUAGAAUAUUCGUUGCGUGUGGCAGCUAUGGUGAUGCCUACUACGAUGUCAUGUGUCAAGCAAUCCACAAUCUCAUUCUGGAGCACACUCCCACAGCUGUGCUUGAUGAUCUCGAAAAGCCUUUGAAGAUGGCUGCAGUCUGGUGCACCGAGCGAGCAAUCAACAUGAUACAGGAGAAGCUCUGUGAUAUUUCAUGCGCAGAGAAGAUAGCAACAGACUGCGGCGAGGGCCCCUUGGAGGAUUCUGGCCAUGGGUCGCACGCUCCAUCACACGGAGCGUUUGCGUCAGCCAGUCAGAAAGAUCAUCGUGCAAAGAGGCACGGCGAAUCAAGUAACCGCCGAGGAGACGAUGACUCGGAGGACAACACAAACAACGACCAGGACCAAGAACGCAGCAGGACAGGCCAGCAGGAUUAUCGCCUACAUACCAAGCGAGGGAGGAAUGGAUUUAGUUGCCCAUUCAGAAAACGGAACCCCCUGCGGUUUAACAUUAGAGACUGGUCCAACUGCGCGCUGCAACCUUUCGAGAGUAUGAGUUUGCUAAAGCGUCACAUCAAAUCUUGCCAUGGGCUCAACCAGUCGGAAUAUGUGUGCCCACGGUGUAAAAAGGACAUGGCCCACAGCGAGAGUCUGAAACAGCACCUGACUGUUCCCCUACAACGAAUGUGCGAACCUGGCACAGAUGCGCCUGUUGCCGAUCCGGAGGAUGGCAUCACUCGUGAGAUCGACGACAAACUCUGCGCCCGAGGUAGCGGACGAAAAGUUGACAGCUGGAUUGUCCUGUGGCGAACACUGUUUCCUAACGAUGAGCACAUUCCAAACCACGAGUUUGAUCCUCCGGUUGGCCUUGAAGAGGUCGUCAACAAAUUUUACAGCCAGCAACAGGGGUUGCUCCCAAUGGGUGAGGGCUGGCUCCCGCUUCGCACAAGAUUGCACGCGUGCUUUCAUGCAAAUUAUGUGACAGGCAUAGAUCCUGGUGACUCUUCGGGUCUUGCCAACGAAGUUUGUCAUGAAUAUAUCAGUGAAACUCUCAGGGCCAGCGCCAAGAUACCAUACGAGAAGAGUCCGCACGUGGAUGGACAGUCGAGAAAUAGCCCCCCUCGGCUCAUUGCGACGCCAAAGAAGCACGGGAGGGCUGCACCUCGUCAAACCAAACAGCUGGCAAAUCCGCUACCACGUGAAGUUCCAACCAGUAUCGUGCCAAACCAAACCUUGAUGAAUGGGAGGGAAUGGGCCCCGAGUUCACGUCCCCGUCCAGUUCCAGACAUGAGCGUUGGCCCGUUUGGGCUUCAGAACCCGGAAGCAGGCUAUCUAAAUCGUUUCCCGACGAACUUUCAGAGUCGGCCGCCCUCGAUGUCCGAAUCGACGAUAUCUUCAGGCUCCAUGACGCAACCUCAAGCCCACCACGGCUCGGCCACCCCUCACCUCGAGCCCAGUCAUGCUGCAGGAGUCAUGGCCCGAUCUGUUGCCUCUUCGUAUAAUCAAGCAGACAAUAACUACUUUGGUGGCCCAAACUACACGAUUGACAAUGUGCCCUUAUCCAAUUCCUCUACUUCCGGCUAUGCGAGUCUCCCUCCUGCACCAAAUUACCUCCCAGUCCAUACUAGUGGGUUUACCCAGUCACAAACCGGCGGCGAGGAAGUGACAGGGGAUCCUGCCAUGCCAGCCUCUGAGGAUUGCGAUUCUCCGUCACAGUUUCUAUUUUAA